UGUUAUGCUCAAAUGGAUGGUGUGCAUGACAAAAGAAUUGUACAUAAAGCAGCAGAUCAAGCUUCCCUUACACUAUGACUCAAUAAGUAUCCCCCAACGCUCAGCAGAAACUGUACCCUAAAAAACUUAAAAACUUUGUUGAAGUUAUCCUCUAACACUGGCCCAUUUUAGCAAAAAUGGCGCGGCAUCCGAUAGCUGAAGCAAACGAGAAGAGCCCUUUCGGCAUCUUGACUCCGGACGAGUUCUACGCGCGCCACUCAGUGAGUCACUCCUCCGAGAUCAUCACCAACGCCCGUGGCCUCAAGCUCUUCACUCAGUGGUGGACACCACUCGACACUCCGAUCUCUGGCAUCGUUGCCGUUGUCCACGGAUUCACCGGUGAGUCAAGCUGGUUCGUCCAACUAACCUCCGUUCUGUUCGCGAAAUCGGGAUUUGCCGCGUGUGCGAUCGAUCACCAGGGUCAUGGCUUCUCCGAAGGCCUCGACGGACUCGAAGCUCAUAUUCCCAACAUCGACAGUGUUAUCGACGAUUGUAUUCAGUUUUUUGACUCUUUCCGUGCUCGUCACUCGCCGGAUUUGCCGGUGUUUUUGUACUCGGAAUCGCUUGGCGGUGCCAUCGCGCUUUAUAUCUCGCUCAGACAAAAAGGCACGUGGGAUGGCUUGAUUCUCAGCGGCGCUAUGUGCGGGAUAAGCGCUAAAUUCAAGCCUCCAUGGCCGUUGGAACAUUUUUUAUUCAUAGUCGCCAAGCUUAUCCCCACCUGGCGAGUGGUUCCGACGCGCGGGUCUUUACCGGAUGUUUCAUUCAAAGAACCGUGGAAGAGGAAGUUGGCCAUAGCCAGUCCUAGGCUAACAGUGGCGAGGCCACGCGCUGCCACAGCAUACGAGCUCAUUCGUAUAUGCAACGACUUGCAAGGGAGGUUUGAGGAAGUGCAUGUUCCAUUGCUGAUUGUUCACGGUGGUGAUGACGUGGUUUGUGAUCCGGCUUGCGUGGAGGAGCUUUAUAAACGCGCUGCUAGCGUGGACAAGACAUUGAGGUUUCAUCCGGGGAUGUGGCACCAAUUGGUUGGGGAGCCGGAGGAAGGUGUGGAGUUAGUCUUUGGUGAAAUAGUGGAGUGGCUUAAGAGUAGAGCUUCACGAGCCGCCGAGGCCAAGAGUGUCGGUGUUCACGCGCCACCUUUGGUGGCAAUGGUAGCGGAUAGUAGGGUUGCUAAUUAGUUGGGUAUCUUAAAUUUCAAAGUAACAGAAUCCUUAUUUUGCCAGUUACAGCCAUUAACAAAUAGAGACUGCUAGUAUUAAUUUCAUAAAAGUCAGAAACUCUUGAACGUGACUAAUAAAUGACACGUGUCCACCUGUUAUACGUCCAUAUUCUUGUUACCAAUGCUUUAAUCUGUAUCAAAUUCCAACACAUUUCAGUUGCCGAAUUUGGCUAUGCUGUUUUUGUGUGUGUCACACUUCCUUAUGCUCACAGAUUUUGUCACACAUUUCCUUUGUCUGCAUAAAAUAUCUUUGUCUUUGUGUGUGUUUGUCUGAAUUUGCUUUACCGAUGGCUCCCAUGAAAACCCUUCUCACUCUCUAUUUGUAUUGUUCUUUUAACCCUUUCCCAAGGAUCUAAAGACUCUAAACUUGAUGACCUUGAAGAAGACGUUGCAUUUCUUGAGUCACAAGAAACCAAUGACUCACAACAAUCCCAUGAAAACUUUGGUACUAUUUUGGGUGACCUACGGAAUAAUUUUACCAAUCUUGAAGAGCAAUUGUCAUGGCCUAGAGUCGAUGAGAAAGAUGUGAUUGUACUAAACAAAGAGAAAUUCAGCGAGUUCAUUGAGAAAAAUGGGUAUAUCCUGGUGGAGUUUUAUGCGCCAUGGUGCUGGCAUGAUCAGGCACUGACAUCGUAGUAUGCUGGUCACAGAAGGGAGAAGUUGUGUUGGCAAAGGUUGAUUGCACACAAAAGGCUGAGCUGCUGCAAAAGUUUGAUAUAAAGGGGUUCCCUACUUUGUUUCUCUUUGUUGAAGGAGUUCAUAAGGCUUGUGAGGGUAAAAGAACUAAGUUGUUUAUAUGUAAAUAAAAGUGUAGAUAUUCUUGUGUA